UUUGUGUACAUUCCGAAAUGGAUGAAAACGAAGCUAAGAAUUAUGUUUUUAUAGUUUGGAACGAUAAACUAAUACGUACAACAAUUUUUCUAGUAUUAUUUUUAUCAUUUUUCGUUUUUUUUUCUUUCAGCGUGCUGUCGGGGGCCCUCGUGCUGUCCUCCUACGCGGCCGGCUUCGUCGUCUUCGAUGCCCUGUUCCGGCACCGGGCGGAGGCCCCCAACCUGCUGGCGGUGGUGACUCAGCGACAGCGGGCCGCGCCCCUCGCCGCGCGUCCCAGGACGUGCGGCGUGUGUGGGGACGGCCGGUGCGACCGGCACCGCCCCGCAGCGCACGCCCGCGCGCCCUGGGCCGGGCUCGCCGUGCCGGUCGAGGUGGACGAAGCCAUCGAGGACUUCCUGAACAAGGUGCUGAGCGAGUUUGUGUACUUCUGGUACCGCAACCUGUCGGCGGACGAAGACUUUGUGCAGGAGCUACGCCAGGGGCUGCGCCACGCGGCGAGCGUGCUGCUACACCGCGGACUGCAGGUGGACCUGGCCCGGCUGAUCACGGGCCGGCUGGUCCCGGCGGGGCUGGGCCACCUGGACGACUACCUGGGGGCGCUGCGCCUGGCCGCGCGGCACGGCGCGCCCCUGGAGGAGGCCGCGGCACGGCAGCUGGGCGCGCGGCUGCACCCGGCGGCACGGAGCCGCGAGGCGGAGCUCGCCUACCUGCGCCACCUGGUGUCCCUGCUGCUGCCCCGGCUGCUGCCCCCCGGCCAGCUGGCCUGCGGGAACGUGCGCACGCUGGUGCGUGAGCUGCUGGCCGGCUGGGUGCUGCUGCCGCUGGCGGACGUGCUGGCCGACCCCUCCGUCGUCAACAGCCUGCUGCUGCUGCUGCUGGGCCCGCACCAGCUCACCCAGCACCCCGACAAGCCCCCGGCAACCGUGGAGUUCCUGGCCCGCUUCGCGUCCUCCGCCCCCGCCGCCCGCGUCUCCGCUCUGCGACUGGACCUCUCCAGCAUCCUGAAGAAUCAGCAGCUGCUGUACCCCUUCAUGCAGUUCCUGAAGGCCGAGGGCUGCGUCAACGUGCUGCAGUUCUGCCUGGACGUGGAGGAGUUCAACCGCAAGAUGCUGACGCCGGAGCUGGGGCCUCGUGAGCUGGAGACGCUCUACCAGGAGGCCUGGGACCUCUUCUCGGUGUACUUCAGCCCUGAGAGCCCCGACCGCAUCGCCUUCCCGCCCGGCGUGGUGGAGGGCCUGCGCGCCGUGCUGCGCCAGCCCCCGGAGGCUGUGGCCCAGCUGCGCACCACCCCUCCCCUCUUCCAGGCCUACGAGCAUGCCUACGGCCUGCUGGAGAACGUGCUGUGCCCGCUGUUCCACCAGAGCGACGACUACUAUGUGCUGCUGUGUGGCCAGAGGUUGCCGAAUGGAUUCAGCAAAAGUGGGUCGAGGGGCAACAAGAAGUGGUCGGACAGCGGGGCUGUCGCCCGCAUCAGCAGCCGCCUCAACAAGAUCAAGGGGGCGCUGAGGUCCCAGCCGGUGGAGGGGCACACCUUCGAGACGGACAGCACGCUCGACCUCGGGGAGUCCGAGUUCGCGGAGGACCUCCGGCUGGCCGGCGCGGCGUCGGGCCGCGACCUGAAUGCCUGGCGCGUGUCCAUCCCGUCCGUGCAGACGCGUCCUGACCCCAGCCACAAGUCCCACCCCGUGUUCAGCAUCCACGUGCAGCGCAUCGACGUCAGCUCCCAAGAGAGCCCGGAGGCCUGCCACUGGACGGUGGACCGGCGCUACAACGACUUCUACGCGCUGGAGUCGAAGCUGACGGAGUUCCACGGGGACUUUGCGGACACGCACCUCCCGCCCAAGAGACUGCUGUUCGAGCCCCGCGGCCCCGACUACCUGGAGCGCAAGAGGCAGGACUUCGAGCACUUCCUGCAGAGCCUGCUGCAGAAGCCGAACCUGCGCGGCAGCGACCUGCUGCACGCCUUCCUGCGCUCCAGUGGGGAGUUCGUGCCCGCGCCGUCGGGGCUGGCGGGCGCCGUGCCCGAGGGCCUGGGCCGCAUGAUCCGCCGGUCCGUGCCCAUCCGGCUGCGCAAGGAGCGCGGCCAGCACCUCGACUCCUUCCUCGCCGCCUUCCUGCAGUCCGUGGAGGCGGGCAGGGCCCGGCCCAGCAAGUACGAGUGGAAGGACGUGAACCUGGCCCAGAGGAGACAGGUGCGCUGCCUCACCAGGUCCGUGUUCGGGGACAACUUCGGGGUCGCCCCGGGCCGGACCCCGCUCGGCCCAGCCGGCGACCGCGGCGCGCCCGUGCAGGGGACGUUCGACUGCGUGCUGUACCUCGCCGUGCGGGUGUUCGCCGCCCCGCAGCCGGCCGUGCGCCUGGCGCUGGCCGUGCGCGCGCUCCUGCGCAGCACAGUCGACGCCGUCGCCGACCUCUGCCUGGACCGCAAGCUGCGCCGGCUGCUGGCGGCGCCGCGCUUGGCCCGCCUCGUGCACCUGCUGCGAGGGGCGGUGUUCCAGGCGCGGGGCGCGCCCCCCUCCCCGGCCGACCUGGAGGCGCGCGCCGGCCGCGCCCUGGAGCAGCUGGAGGCGCUGCUGCCCGCCUGGCUGGCGCGCUGGGCGGGGCCCGGCUACCGCGCGGGGCUGCUGACGCUCUUCGCGGCCGUGCAGAGCCCGCAGCUCAACAAGCAGUUGGUACACUCGCUGCUGGACCUGGUCGUGGAAGAGCUGUACCCGGACCUGGCCGCGGGAGAGAUCUCCCCGCAGCCGGGCGGCAAGUAGCCGCCCCCCUUACGGCGUUCUCCCGUCUGCUGGCCGCGUGUCUCGACCCUUCUGCUUUCUGCAGCCGUUUCAGAGUACACAUGUAUUAGGUUUACAAAUUGUAUGUGAUAAUGUAGCUGCAAUGUAUGUAUGCCGUUAUUUAUAUCUGUUUUUCGUAAUGUAGCUGCUGUGGCAGUCUUUGUGACCAGGCACGAAGUGUGCAGGGUCCUCUUCCUGAAAUUACAGAAAACACUGCACGGAAGACGAUCACGUAAUCGAAGGAAUGGAAAUUCAUAAAAGUAUUUAGUGCAAAACUCAUGACUCAGAAGAGUAAAUUGAGGAAAAUUGUAGAAUUUAGGCAUGUCAUGUACUACUUCUUAAUGGAAACACUAUAACAGCAAAGGUUUGGAACUACAUAGCUUCCUUUUUGAAGAAUGCCACACAAAUAAUUUUUGGAACUACAGUAGAAUCCCGCCGAUGCGACCCCCCUCUGAUGCGUCCAUUCCGUUUAUACGACCGUUUUUUGAACAACCGUGAAAAAUAUGAGCAGAUAAAUUCGAAAAUUUGAGUAAAAUCUGCUGAAAAACAAGUCUGUUACACUUUGUUGGGCGCUGUGUGUUCAUGUUUAUCUUGGCGAGCGCUGUACUGUAAGCAGGCAGGCAUACAAAAGACGGCUAAAAAUAGAUACCACCCCUCUAGACUGUCCACGCUACCCAAUACCGGUAAACUGCGCGCAUCACCUGAUAGCAUCUACGCGCGCGUUUAUUGCCGUCCCGGUCCCGGUCCCGUUUGACGAUUGUGACACGUUUAUCAAUUUACACGGACUCGUGGAUUCGUGAAAAUGAGUAUAAAGCGAGCCAGUUUGUCGCUAAUGAAAAAUUAUGAGAUUAUCCAGCAAGUGGAUAAGAAAACAAUUUCCAAGACGAAGAUAGCACAGAAAUAUGGCAUUCCGAAGUCUACUCUCUUCACGAUUCUUAAAAAGAGAGAAGAAAUUAUAAAUGCAGUACAGAAGGAAGGCAGCAAUUUGCAAUUGAAAAAUUUGAGGGGCGCGACUUAUUAGGUGCUUCAAGUGUGCGUGAGAGAUAAGAUAAAGAAGGUGAAGAGGGCGAGACCUGCCAGCCAAUAUAUUUGUGGGAGGGGGAGACAGAGAUAAAAGAGAGCGAGCCCUGCAUUAAGCGGAAGUGCAAGUUCAAGGUCGACAUUUACCGUCACACUCUUGCUAGCUAACGAUGCUGCUGGUCGCCAGCCUCGCACACACACGCGCACGCACAUACGCAUGCGCGCGCCGCCGCCGCCGCCAGACAGUGGCGACUGGCGAGUAGAUGCGUGCGCAGCCAGCAGUUCCGCUCUCCUUCCCCUCAUAUACCCGUUCACACGUGUUUUUUUCUUUUUUUUUUUAUGCUGUGAAGGGACGUGGAAAAGAUAAUUGCUUGAGCUGUCAAAAUAAACAUCGCUGACGGCAAGGACGGGAGCGCAUCCUGUCGGUCUGUCACUGUGAUUAUCUACUCCAAAAACAUGUCACAGCAUUUCAGAAUAGCAUUGUUCUUAUAUCUUUCGUUUAUAGCCAAAUGUUUUCUACCUGAUCCACACAAGUUCCUUCGCCACGUUUUGAACGAAAAUAACAACCAGCCGGCUAGCAUAGCCGAACUCGCAUGACGCAAAUUCACUUUAUAAUUAGGGUGAGGGGGGGGGGGGGGGGGGGGGGGGGGGGGUAAAAUUGGCCCGAAUUCUCUAUUGCGAACAUUCCGUUUAUAAGUCCGUUUUUCCGGAAACCGUUAGGGGUCGCAUCAGCGGGAUUAUACUGUAUGUGAGUUCCUUUUGAAUUUCAACUAUUUAUGUCAAUAUAUUGGCCAAUCUGAAAGGGGGAAAAAAAUCUUUUUUUUCUCGUUACGGUUAAAUACUGCCUCGAAUAGUAUGCUUCCUUAUUGUUGCAAGAUGUUACCGCUGUUGUUGACUCUUGUGUUGUUGACUCUUGUGUUGUUGACUCUGUGUACCUGUAGCAACCACAAAACUACUGUUUGCAACUAUGAAUGUUAUUAAAUUUUUUAAAAAAUAGUUUUCAUUGUGGAUGUUAUUAAAUAUAAAAGAAUAUUAUUUUCAUUGUGGACAUUUUAAAUUGACUGAUAUUUGUGUCUGUUGUUUCGUCAAGCUACUGCUGCGGCUGGCUCUUGGCCUGGGCGACAGGGAGCGCCUGUGUACUCCGUCAAUGCUCCCGAAACAGCCGUGAAUAACUGCCACUUUGCAGUUGUUGUAUGUUUACAGUUUUGUUUUAAAGACUCUGCAAAAGUUUUUUUUUUUUUUUAAUUUCUAAAAACUAAAAGUCUAAAUUGGAAUUUAAUGUUACGGGCCGAAAUGGGGACGGUACCAUUAUCAUGGAAACCUUUUCCCCCGUAAUUACUGUAUUUACCUGCAGAAGGGUCGUGCCUGAGUUAUAGGUAGCAUCUAUAAUUUUGGGCUAGUAAUGUAACAUUUUUCCACCUGUAGGGUCGCACCACAUGUCUGUCUCCAAUAGAAGACAAACGAAGUAUUUUAUGAUCCGUGUCUCCAGAUUAUUGAUGCGUAAGAAACGCGGGCACCGGUUCUUCGUUUGUGCGGCCCAAGAAUACUAUUUCUUUAUACUCAUGCUUCCCCUCUUGCGAAGCAUCAGCCCGUUCACGUCACACACCGGUAGCUAGCAGCCCGACAGGCGUUAAACGUAGCGUGAGGGCACAGUGCAUAUUUCUGUACACCCACUGCUGAGAUAGUUUAACCAAACAGUUUAUAUUUACUCGUAACAUAUUAAAAAGCAACACAGGAUAGUCAUUUACUCACAUUUUCAACCACACAGUGGAAUUUUAAUUUAUUUUUUUCACUUAAAAUGUUAAAAUGGAAAAAAAAUUUUGCAUAAGGGUUGCAGUACGUUAUUAAUACUUGUAAAACGUGCAGCCCGUACGCGGGUGAUUACGGCACACCCCACGUUCCCCUGCCCCUCGCCCAGAUGUGCCUCUCGUGUCGCUGAGGACCUGUUACGAUCCUGGUGGUUGUCCGGGGGUCAGGCUGAAGCUCGUCCCGAGUAGGCGUCCCCAGUUCCCUGCGCGCUGCGUUGCUGACGCGGCGCUGACUGACAAACAGCCGAGUGCAUGUCCCCCCCCCCUCCUCACGGGUUAUUGUGUGGUAAAUGAUUUGAAUUUGUUUUGUAUCUUUUUAUGACAGUCUAUUGAACUUGUUUAUUGUUGAUCUGCUUAACAUAUGUGUUUGUGUGUGUGUGUGUAUAUACAUACAUACAUAUGUAUACAUACAUAUAUGUAUGUAUGUGUAUAUAUAUUUAUUUAUUUAUUUAUUGUCUGUGCUCAAAAUAAAUUUUUGUUUACUUCUCCAGGGCCAAACUCUGA